GUACAUCCCGGUGGGCUUGCUGGAGCGCCUGCCGCAGCGAAUCAACGAGAGGCCCCCUUACUACCUGGGCCGAGACCCCUUGGAGACCUUGAUGGCCAGUCAGAACGUGGACGACUGGGUCAAGAUCAGCGAGAUGCUGUUGGGCCGUGUUCCUGCCGACUUCUCCUUCCUGCCGAAGCACAAAGCGAAUUCUUACAAAUAGGGCGGAUAAAGGAAGCAUCGCCACCGUCCGUCCUCUUGUC